CUCCCGCCCUGCAGCCCAGAGCCAGGCUCCGGCACAGACCUGCCACCAGUGAUCCCAAAGGGAAGCAAACACCUCUGGAGACACCAUGCGUGAGUGCAUCUCUGUUCACGUUGGCCAGGCUGGAGUGCAGAUAGGAAAUGCAUGCUGGGAACUCUUCUGCCUGGAGCACGGCAUUCAGCCAGACGGCACCUUCAAGGACCUGCAAGAUAAACUCAGCUGUGAGGACUCUUUUACCACUUUUUUCAACGAAACAGCCACUGGGAAGCACGUGCCACGGGCUGUAAUGGUGGACUUGGAACCAACUGUAGUAGAUGAAGUACGGGCUGGCACCUUCAGGGAACUUUUUCAUCCAGAACAGCUGAUCACUGGAAAGGAAGAUGCAGCCAAUAAUUAUGCCCGUGGCCACUACACCAUUGGCAAGGAGAGCAUUGAUAUGGUGCUGGAUCGUGUCCGUAAGCUGACUGAUACCUGUUCUGGGCUGCAAGGAUUCCUGAUCUUCCACAGCUUUGGUGGCGGUACCGGCUCUGGUUUUACCUCCUUGCUGAUGGAACGCCUCUCUGUGGAUUAUGGAAAGAAGUCCAAACUGGAGUUUGCCAUCUACCCAGCCCCUCAGGUCUCCACCGCUGUGGUGGAACCCUACAAUUCCAUCCUGACCACGCACACCACGCUGGAGCACUCGGACUGUGCCUUCAUGGUGGAUAACGAGGCCAUCUACGACAUCUGCCGCCGCAACCUGGACAUCGAGCGCCCCACCUACACCAACCUCAACCGCCUGAUCAGCCAGAUCGUGUCCUCCAUCACGGCCUCGCUGCGCUUCGACGGCGCCCUCAACGUGGACCUGACAGAGUUCCAGACCAACCUGGUGCCCUACCCGCGCAUCCACUUCCCCUUGGUGACCUACGCCCCCAUCAUCUCCUCCGACAGAGCACACCACGAGCAGCUCUCGGUGGCCGAGAUCACCAACGCCUGCUUCGAGCCCAACAACCAGAUGGUGAAGUGUGACCCGAGGCACGGCAAGUACAUGGCCUGCUGCAUGCUCUACCGGGGCGACGUCGUCCCCAAGGACGUCAACGUAGCCAUUGCUGCCAUCAAGACCAAGAGAACCAUCCAGUUUGUCGACUGGUGUCCAACAGGCUUCAAGGUUGGGAUCAACUACCAGCCUCCUACAGUUGUUCCUGGUGGAGACCUAGCCCAAGUUCAGCGGGCAGUGUGCAUGCUGAGCAACACCACAGCCAUUGCCGAGGCUUGGGCAAGGCUCGACCACAAGUUUGACCUGAUGUACGCCAAGAGAGCUUUUGUGCAUUGGUAUGUGGGUGAAGGCAUGGAGGAGGGAGAGUUUGCAGAGGCCCGAGAGGACCUGGCUGCCCUGGAAAAGGACUAUGAAGAAGUGGGAACUGACUCAUUUGAAGAAGAAAAUGAUGGGGAGUAAUUUUAAAAUACACUCUGUUCCUAGUGAGCACAGAAUUGUCUCUGUGUCACUGUAUUGCACGUAUCCACAAUUAGCUCAGCUUUUCUGUGCGUUGUGAACAUAAAUUCAGGAGAGGUCAUACAGCGACAAUUUUUAUUCUAUAAGUAACAGGCAAAUUAUCCUAUAAGAUAUAAUCUGUAAGCUGUAGUAAUGUCCCACCACUCCCAGCAAUGUAAAAAGACUUGCUCUCCCUUGCACACUUAAUGUGAGCCUGUUUAAGCUCUAAGGUACACGACAGACUCACUACAUUCCAGGCAGGUCAUCCCAAAAAGCUGCAGAGCCCUGCUUCCUGCUCCUGCACAGUAGCAACAGAGCCAACAGGGACACCACAGACACCUGCCAAAGCCGGGAUUCCACGCAUCCCCAGUCAGCCACCGUGACACUCUCCGGGAUAUUUGAAAAGUCAUGGCAAUCAGGUGAAGUCCCAGGGGACUGGAAAAAGGGAAACAUUGUCCCCAUUGUUGAAAAGGGUAGAAAGGAGGGCCUUGGUGACUGCCAGCCUGUUGGCCUCUUCCCUGUGCCUAGGAAGAUCAUGGCAGAAGUCCUCCUAGAAGCUAUGCUAAGGCACAUGGGGGGCAGACUUAAUUGGAUGCUCAUGCAUAAAUUAAUUGAGCACUUAUGGAUGAAAUACUUAGGUGCUCAUGCAUAAAUUAAUUGGGAAUUUAUUAACACCUUUGUGCAACAAAUGAGAUACUGUCUUGCUUUUUGAUUAGGUUCUCCUACAUGCAUUUGCGAUCCUCCUUGCUCAUUUCAGGAUCCGGAUUUUUUUA